AUGCCUCUAAGACCUGCGUUUUUCAAGGCCAGAAGUGACUUGAAGCCCAAGUAUAGAUUUCAGAGAUGUGAAAGAGUGAAAGGAAUGUGUAAAACAUUUUGUGAUGAUGAUGAAUAUGAUUACGGAUACUGCAUUAAAUGGAGAAAUCAGUGUUGCAUAUAA